CGUUCCCGUUUAUGAUCAGCUGUCUAAUGACCUUGUAUGCGCUCACAGUGGCUUCAUCUCUGUACUGUAGAGUAAUGCUGUUCUCCAUGUCCUCCAGCUCGGAGCUUGCAUGGAAAUUUACACUGACAGGUCGCAGCACCUCUCGCUGGCCUACGGCUUCAAUGUUUCAUUGUUCAUUGUCCAAGUGGUCAGUUGUAUCUAUGGUUGUCUGGGGUUCAAUAUUUCUGCUACAAGAUGACACGCCUUCUAGUUUGUCCCGAAUCUCAAACAGGCUCCAAAACCCGAGUUAGAACAUCACUUCUCUGAUAAGUCUUUGUUUCAUCGAAGAGAAAACUCGAUGUUCUACUCAGUGGGAU